AUGACAGACGCUCUAAUAAAUUUUGCUAUUCAAGCAACACGAGUUACGAUUCCAAUAAUUAUGACAAUUGGUACGGUGAAUAAUUUGUUAAAUAUCAUUAUAUUAUCAAGAUCAACAUUAAAUCGUCACGCAUGUUCUCUUUAUUUUCUUUCUAUGGCUUUUGUUAAUCUCUUCUAUUCUACUAUGAUUCUUCUUAACAAUCUACUAGCUGAUGGAUAUCAACUUAAUUUGAGUUUACAAUCAAAUUUCUUUUGUAAACUUUCCAGUUAUCUACUUAAUCUAUGUCCUAAUAUAUCGGUCUAUUUAAUUGUACUUGCAUCGAUUGAUCGAUAUACAGCUAGUUCGAUCUAUGUUCGAUUACGACGAUUCAGUGAUAUUCGAAAAGCACGACAAGUUAUUGGAUUUCUCAUUUCUGUACUUGCAUUUUUAUUUGCUGGAUCUUUCAUAGCAUUUGAUAUAGUGCAAGAUGGAAUACCACAAUGUAUUAUAAUUUCAAAUUCAUUAUUCAGCCAAAUUUUCCUAACUAUGGACAUUGUUUUAUAUGUAAUAAUGGCACCUAUCUGUAUGAUUAUUUUUGGCCUUUUAACUAUUAAAAAUACAAAUCAAGCACGUAUUAUCUCCAAUCGAAUAACACAUUUUCGUCGAACUGAAAGACAACUUUCUCGAAUGCUUUUACUUCAAGUAGGUAUUCAUACUAUACUUACUUUACCGUUUUGUGUAGUUUUUUUCAUGUUAAUUUUACCAGUUUCAUUUCGAUUUACACUUCAAUUUUAUUACAUUACUAUUAUCUGUAAAUUACCAUUUUAUCUUUCAUUUACAGUACCUUUUUUCUCAUAUAUUCUAUCCGCGAAAGUUUAUAGACAAGAACUUAUUCGAUUAUUCAACAAAAUAAAUCCAAUUCAUCGAAUUGCUCCACUUCAAAUCAUUCCCAAUUCAAAUUUAAAUCCUAAUAUUCGUGUAAAUACAACAUUUUUAAAUAAUCAAUAA